AAUCCACGUGGCUUGCGAUGCGCCGCAUUCCGAUGCGAGGAGGCGACACUUCGCACGCGUCCUGAGGCAGGGUAAGCUAGCACCAAAUGCUGCGUCGGUCGCAGCAACCUCCGAUCAAUCCAGCGCCGGCGCCGACGAUCCCGCUCGGUCGUCCAUCUCCCUUUGUACCUUCCCCGACCCUAAUCCGGUCUCCCCUCUUGCGGCUCGAGGCGGUGGCGAUCGCCGGGUUCUUAUCUAUGUAUCUGAUCCACAGCUAGAUUCGAAUAGUGUGUUCCUCUCAAAUGAUGGAUCAUGUAAAGCAAGCAGAACAUGCUAGAGAAGAGGAUAAAUCUGCAAAUGGAUUCACUAGAGAUGAUGAUAUUGUUGCAGAUGAUGAGCUUCAUAACAGUAAAGCCCCACAUGAGGUGAUUAGGAAAGAAAAGGAGCAAUUAGGUGAAAUUAUCUCAAAAGAUAAAUUGGAGCCAAGAGUGGGAAUGGAGUUUGAUGAUGAUGAGCUAGCAUACCAGUUUUAUAAUGAAUAUGCAAGACGGGUUGGGUUUAGUAUUCGGAAGCAACAUUUGACCAAAAACAAAUGUGGUCAGGUUACAUUUCGCAGAUUUGUUUGCUACAGAGAAGGUUAUUACAGAAACCGUCCCUUUGAUAAAGAUGCGAAGAUUCUGAGAACAGAUGGAAGAACUGGUUGCAAUGCACACAUAGGUAUCAAACGCUUAAAAAGUGGAAAAUUUUGUGUCCACCGUUUUGAGCCAGAGCACAAUCAUGAACUUGCAUCAUCCAAAAAGGUUCACUUGCUAAGAUCACAAAGGCAGGCAGAUGAGUCUCAAAAUUCCCGAGCACAUUCUGCAAUCCUGACUGGAAUUUCACCCAAGCCAACUCUAGAUCUGUUAUCUAACAAUGUUGGACCUACUCAACCCAAAAAUUACUUUAAUGGGUUCCGUCAACACGAAAUGAAGUUAGGAGAUGCAGGAGCAAUAAUGCACUAUUUACAGAAGAAGGCUGCUGAAGACCAAAGGUUUUUCUCGGCCAUUCAACUUGAUAUGGGAGAUCAAAUAACAAAUGUGCUUUGGGCAGAUUCAAGAUCAAAGAUUGAUUAUGAACACUUUGGCGACAUUCUGUGUCUCGAUGUGACAUAUAAGCCAAAUGGAUAUGAUAGGCCAUUUGUACAAUUCCUUGGGGUGAACCAUCACAUACAAACUGUCAUUUUUGGUGCAGCUUUUCUGUAUGCUGAUACAGUUGAAUCUUUAAAAUGGUUGUUUGAAACCUUUAAGGAGGCAAUGAAUGGAAAGGCACCUCAACUAAUUCUAACAGAUGAAGAUGCUGCCAUUGUCAAAGCAAUAGAAGAAACCUGGCCAAACACAACAUAUCGGCGCUGUGCUUGGCAUAUAUACGUGAAUGCGGUUAAGAACCUGAAUUAUGUUUUUCAGGCCACCCCGAGUUUUGCAAAUGAUUUUGGCAAAUGUAUCUAUGACUGUGAAGAUGAGGAUGAAUUUCUAACAGAAUGGCAAAGGAUGUUGACACAGUAUAAUCUCACCAGUAAUGCAUGGUUAUCCAAACUUUUUGAAGAUAGGAGAAAGUGGGGAUUGAUUUAUGGAAGGGACUCAUUCUCUGCUGACAUCAAAAGUGCCCUGAGAAGUGAGCACAUGCACCCCAUUUUGAAAACACACCUAAAUGCUGAGAAAGAUCUCCUUUCCUUUUUCAAGGUUUAUGAGAGGCUAGUUGAAGAUCGACGCUACAAUGAGCUACAAGCUGAUGUCCAUGCUAGUCAGUCAAUGCUAGAAGUUCCUCUUUCACGAUUGCUGAAACAAGUAGCAUCAAUUUAUACCCCAAAGGUAUAUGAGAUGUUUGUGAAGGAGUUCAAGUUAUAUGUGGAUUGUGUCAUAGAGAAUUGUGGGAAUGAUGGAAACCAUUAUGAAGUUACUAAUCUGGAGAAACAAAGUAAAAGUUAUGUUAGGUAUGAUUCGACAGAAGAUGCACUUAAAUGUAGUUGCAAGAAGUUUGAAGCCAUUGGUAUACUUUGCUCCCAUGCUAUGAAAGUUCUUGAUUUUAAGAACAUCAAGGAAAUUCCUCAAAAGUACAUCUUGAAGAGAUGGAGAAAAGAUGUGAAGGAUGGGCUAUCAAUCAGCAGAUAUGAUGGAUCAAACGAAAUAGAUCCUACCAUUGCAAUUGCAAACCGUUACGCCUCUCUUGGACAUGCUUAUUUGCACAUUGUUGCUAAGGGCUCAAAGUGCCAAGAAGCAUAUGACAUUGCCAUUGAAGAAGCACAAAAGAUUUCCAACAAGGUGAAUUUUGCUUUGCAAAAUAGAUCCCUUGAGAUGAGCUCACCACAAUCCUCAGAUGAUCAACUUCAGGAACUGAUGGUAGAUGCUAUUUGCCCAAAUAAGGAAGACGGAAAGCUGAGAAAUCAAGGGACAAAUUUCUACAAGAACCCCAAUAAACAACAUAGGCGUCGAAAGGUUCUGAUAGCAGAAGAAAGGAUAACGAGGAAAAGAGAAAGAAAAGGGCAAUCUGAUGAUGUAUUAGCUGGUUCAGGGACAAGUCCACCAGUAAGGAUUCAGCCACAUUUGACAGUGUCUAACAAUCAGUAUGAUCCUUGGCCUUCUUUUAGAUGUCUGUCAUUGCAGUAUCCUUCAACUGGUCAGGAAUCUUUGAUUUCCAAUCCGUCGCAGCCGCCAUUUGGUAUUAUCAAUCAGCUGAACCAGAACGAGCCCACCUGUAUCAUGUUUUCCCAGUCACCAGCUGCGAGUAGUUUUCCAGACGAACCGUCAGAGCAUUGAAAAUGCCGAACGACAUGUACAUAACGCCAGUAGGUUUCAAGAAAUCAUAGAGAUUUCCUAACUACCCCUCUUGUUUCUUAAAGAGGAGUGCUGCGACAGUUUGAUGCAGACAUCGCCUUUUUAUCGUGACUCACAGGCUUUUGUUGUAAGAUAAUAAUGUUCCGAUGAAGCUUCAGUGUCUAUUGUUCAGUGAACUCAUGGGACCAGCCUCUUCUUGUUUAUAGUAUUUUGAAUUCGUAUGAUGUGUAGACUUUUGAAGAUGUAGCUAGCCGAUGGAGUUAACCGAAUAUAAUCUUAUGCUUCAGUAUAACUUUGGUUGGCAAGGCAAAUUUGGCAUGAAUUUUUCAUGCUGUUUUUUGUUGUAUCAUGUUUGCAUUACUGGAGAUUAUUUGUGUAAUUUCUAAAAAUAAAUGAGAAAAAAAUGCUGAUUUA